AUGACGCCCGUCGCCUCCAGAAAAGGAGCCGGGUUCAGAGCCCCUUGUGCCAGUAUCGAGGAUACAGACAGUAUCAAAAACGGAUAUCAGCCAAGUGGUGGUUCGAAUUCAGUAAGGACUCAUGAGUCUUCGAUGCUGAUGGAAGACCAGUAUGCUCCACUGAAGAGCGUUCCAGACAGCCCAGGCGCGGUUUUGGCGAAUGCCGCAAUGAAUUACAAUGCUAAAUCUUCAAGUGAGUGGAAUUCGCAAACAGAAAAAAAGAUUCCACCAGUUACACCUCGAAUGCCCCGACCAGAACUCAGUCGACAGCACUGGCAGAUGUCACCGGCUGAUUGUACUCAAGGACUUGGUAUGGAUCUGUAUGGUACGGAUGUAGCUACCAUGAUGGAUGCUGGAUGGCAAGGAAGUCGUACAAAUAGGGGAAUUAAAGGCGCAGGAAAUUACUACUAUGAAAUCAGUGUCCUGGAAGAUGGUGACAUUCGCAUCGGUUGGUCAACCAAUGACGCUUCGUUAAUGCUUGGAAUGGAUGCGCGUGGAUAUGGCUAUGGAGCUGCCGAGAAUGGCGAUGGUUCCUACGCCAAGCAAUCUACGAUGGGUAGAUUGGUUCAUAAUGGUGAAGCCCAUGAAAUGGGCUUCCCAGCUACCGUCUCCAACGUGAUAGGCUGUUUUCUUCAACUUCAACCUAACCCAGAUGGCGAGGGUUUAGAAGGCAAUGUUAUGUGGUCCCACAACGGUCAAUUGGUGACCUCUCCUCACGCUAACCUCGUUAGAAUUCCUCCUGAACUUGCCACCAACUCUGCCUUCUUCCCAAAUUCUUACAUAAUUGGUCUAUUUCUUUCCUCUAUUGCAGCUAUCUCUCUUCGUGACGCAAGAAUUUCGUUAAAUUUUGGAGAUAAACCUUUCGUUCACCCACCCGAACAAAUUUCAGGAGGCCGAGUACAAUGGACAUCGCCAAUUAAUGUCCCUGUCGAGAAAAUUGUCCAGAAUGUCAACUCAGGCUGGCGUGUCAAUCAGUUCGAUACCACUUCCUCUCUCAACCUCAUUGUCUCCGAAGAUGGUCGCAUGGUUCAGGCCACUGACAACGAAUGGCAAGGCUUCCGAGCCAAUAAGGCAAGUUAUGGGCAUUAUUACAUACCCCGCCUCGUAAAUAACAGGAUUCCAUACCUUUCAUUUCUUCUUAUAAUGCCGAACUCGUAUAAUAUCCAGGGAGUUUUCGAAGUGGGCAAAUAUUACUAUGAAGUGGAAAUAGUGGAGGAUUGUGGAUAUGCUCGGGUUGGUUGGUCCCUUCCCACAGCAAAUCUCCAACUCGGAGUUGAUAACCUUGGCUACGGAUAUGGUUGUGGUCCCGACGGAAGUUCAGCGAAGAAAGUGUUCAACGGAGUUGCUGAAGAUUAUGGUGUGGUAAGUUUGAGCCGCCUUUUAGGCUUCCUAAUAUUAUUAUUAUGCUUUAAUACUUCAGUUACUUGGUCUCAUUACACACGAUUACUGAAUCUCGCUGCUAAACAGAAUAUCCACAUCAUUAAACUGAAGGAAUUUAGCUUUCCCACCAGAGAAGCUCAUGUUGUUGGAAUCAAAGUUGGAGAUGUUGUGGGAUGUUUUCUGGACCUUGAUAACGGUACGAUCCAGUGGUCAGUGAAUGGAGAAAUGUUGCCCCCAGCUUAUCACAUGGAUUCGUCCUUCAUUUCGCAUGAAAAAACCAUCUUCUUCCCCUCUGCAUCCCUAUACUGCACAACCCUGGAAGUCAAUUAUGGGGAUAGACCAUUUAAAUACCAGCCCGCGGAGGAGUGGUAUCCUCUCUUUGCAGCAGCCGAUGAAUGUGUGAAAGAUUCACCGAAGUGGCCGUUUGAUAUCAACAAGCUCCGUCAGCCUCAUCAUUCUGUCGCAAAAGGUGAUUUAUUUUUCACCAAGCGACGCUCAGCGGAUAGCCAAUCCGAUUCUGAUAACAAAUAUAAAAUAGGAGGUUAUUGUAUUUUCUCCUCCAUAAAGGCAACAACAGAACGCGUGGAGAGUGAUAUACUUCGUCCAGAUGUAACUAUCACAGUAUCGCCAAACAGCAGUCAGUUCCAAUUCACUCAACCCCCAGAUUCCACGCCCUCCGAGGAUACUCGAAACACCGGAGACACGAGUGGUGUUGGUGGGAAAUAUAGUAGCGAGGAUGAGGAUACUGUAAUUGACACUCGAGAUGAGCAGGAGAAGAGCCGUGGAAGCCCCACCCCGCAUUCAACUAAUCGAACAGAUACUCAAAGAGUGACAGAGGAGAGUAACCCGGAAAUAACUGUGGAGUACUACACAAAUGCCGAAGGUCAACGAGUGAAGAAGAUUAUUAAAAAACAACGCAGAAUCGUCACCACCGUCCACAAGGAGUCUGUGGAACGAUAUGAGACCACGGUUCGUAACGCUGAACAGGAGCCCACCAAUAAUAAUAACACUAACGACGAAGAGGCAAGAAUGACUAUUGAUUUAAUAUUAGAUCUUAACAAAGCUAUCAACUUCACAACCCAACUGGACAGUGAGUCCGUUGUUGUAAACGGAUCCACUGGUAUCCAAUCUGAUACUGACCUUACGUCUCCCGCAAGUGGCCGAACCCCUUUAUAG